GGGCCCGCCCUGUGACUAACUCCCGUGUGUGAGUCACGGCGCGGCCCGGCAGCGCCGUUAAAUGCCGUGUGCGGGCGGGCGGGCGGCGCUGCCUGGGCUGCCGCCGCCUCCUCUUCCUCCUCCCCCCGCUCCGGUACCCGGCCGGCGGGCCGCGCCUGUCACCCUGUCACAUCCCCCCCCGCGGCCCCCAGUCCCCCCGCAGCUCGCCCGCCGCCUGCCGAGUCCCCGCAGCGGCAUGGGAUAGAGCAGCGCUCCCUCAGCGCCCGGCUGCCAGCUCCUCGCUCCUUUUAACCCCGUUUUUUCUAUAAAAAACCCUCAUUUCUCCCCCAAACACACACCUCUCUCAAACCUCCUCGCCCUCCCCGUGCCGUGCGGGCGCCCCCCGCCCCGUUGUGCCACCCUUUUCCCCUCAGCGCACCCCCGUCCUCAACGGUCCCCAACGGUCCUCGCCGCGGAGCCCCCCGGAGCGGAUAUAUGUUGGGGAAAGGAGGAAAGCGGAAGUUUGACGAGCAUGAAGAUGGGUUGGAAGGCAAAGUGGUGUCUCCUACUGAUGGUCCCUCUAAGGUGUCUUACACCUUACAGCGUCAGACUAUCUUCAACAUUUCCCUUAUGAAACUUUAUAACCACAGGCCAUUAACCGAGCCGAGCUUGCAAAAGACAGUUUUAAUUAACAACAUGUUGAGGCGAAUCCAGGAAGAACUCAAACAAGAAGGCAGCUUGAGGCCUGUGUUUGUGACUGCUUCGCAGCCCACCGACCCUCUCAGCGACAACUUCCGCGAGGCCCAGCCGGCGUUCAGCCAUCUCGCCUCCCAGCCCCUGCUCCCCACUGACUUCGUAAGCACUACGCCCCUGGAGUCUUGCCUCACCCCGGCCUCUUUGCUCGAGGACGACACUUUUUGCACUUCCCCGACUGUCCAGCAUGAUGGUCCGACGAAACUACCACCUCCUGCUCUCCAACCAGUCAAGGACAGCUUCUCCUCAGCCUUGGACGAAAUCGAGGAGCUUUGUCCCGCACCUACCUCCGCAGAGGCAGUAGCAGUAGCAGCUGACACAGCCGCCGCCGACUCUAAAGACCACCCCAGCGAGUCCAGCGUUCAAAAGCCCGAGGGCGUCGCGGAGAGCAGAACGGCCGAAUCCAAACUCAUGGACUCGCUGCCCGGCAACUUCGAGAUCACGACUUCCACAGGUUUCCUCACAGACUUGACCCUGGACGACAUUCUGUUCGCUGACAUUGACACGUCCAUGUAUGAUUUUGACCCCUGCACGUCUGCCACGGGGGCUGCCUCCAAAAUGGCUCCCGUCUCAGCAGAUGAGCUCCUAAAAACGCUCGCGCCAUACAGCAGUCAACCAGUAACUCCAAAUCAGCCUUUCAAAAUGGACCUCACAGAACUGGAUCACAUCAUGGAGGUGCUUGUUGGGUCUUAAAAUAUAGAAAUAUAGCAACUCUCUCUCUCUCUUCUUCUUUUUUUUUUUUUAAAUUUUAAUUUUAAGUACCAGUAUAUACACUUGGUAGUAUUUCCAUAGUCCCUCCCGCCCCCGAUUCACAGCACUGUGCAUGCGUCCUUGCUUGCCUUUUUUGAAAAGAAAAGGAUCACACUAGUUUUUGCUUCAAGCAGAGUUGGAGUGCCUUCAUCCAUGUAUGACCACUUCUAAUGGAUUUUUUUAAAGUGGUUCCUCAAGGAAGACCGACUAUCCUGGUAUAGGAAAGAAUAUGUAUUGUAGACAAUGUUAUGUUAUUACAAAAAAAAAUUGUAAAAGCUAAGCACAAGGAUUAUGUUUGGGAAAGCUGUAAAUUGCAUGUGCAUAUUUGUCUAUUUUUUCUAUAAGUUUUAUUGCAAGAGGUAAAAAAAUUUAUUAUUUAGAUAAUCUCAAUACCAUUUUAGCCCUGUAUAGGUUGACUUAGCAAUUCAGCCUUUUGGAGGCAUUAACCUGCUCCUCUUUAAGUGUUGCAUUUACAUGGCUGUUUAGAAACUGCUGCCCAAAUUUAUUUUAUAUUUUUGUACAGAUUCUGCAGUUUAUGAUAUUGUUUUUUCUAAAAACAAAUGCUGUUUAUACACACAAAAAAUAGCUAUUUUGAUAGGAUUUGCUCACAUAGUUCCUGCAUAAUUCAGAUGUACAAGAACCACUUGUACUUUUAUACAGAGUUGUAAUGUUUUAUAUGUGUAUGGUGCAAAGAGAAAAUUGGAUCAAAUAAGCCUGCAGUUGGUUUCCCUGAAUGCAAACAAACAAACAAACAAACAAAAAGUGCUUUAAGAAAGGGCUGGGAGCUGCUCCUGUAGGAGUUUCACAAGUGUUUGCUCCCUGCUGUACCCACUGCGCACUACUGUGAUUCCCGAAACUCAGAGCCAUGUCCUUUUCCAACACGUACGCGAAGCAGUCGGCAGGAAACAGUUGUGGAACUCCAGCCUGGAGGAGCUGAACGCAGUGGCGGUGCAGCCCCUCCUCGCCUGCAGCCCCGGGAGCAAUUUCGAGGGGGACCACGCCUGCUGCUCGCCAGGAGCAUCCCUCCCACGGCCAUCAUCCUGACCGGCGGGCAGAAGACUGGCGUCGAAGCGUCCACGCGCCCUUUCUUGGAGCAUUUUCUCCUCCCCGCGCCCCACCUCACUGUGCUAAGUGCUGAAAAAGGCAACUUCAGUAUUACUGCAGUGAAGCUCAUCUCUUACCUGCACUGGAUGGACUUGCUUUAAUAUCCAUUGCUGUUGAAACUGGAGCCAGUCGCGUUACAUCACUUGGCAUCUCGUUUAGGGUUGGUUUCUUGUAUCAACUGUGUUACCUGCUUUACACUUUAUAGACCUGUUUUACAACGAAUAUACAGACACAGCUUUCUAUGCAUGGUCCCGUUCCCCGUAACACCUGAGAAGUCUUCUCAUUACUGCACCAAUAGCAUUUUUUAAGUUCAUUGUGGUGUACAUUUAAUUUAAAAACAAAAUGUUUGCAAUGUAUCAUGCCUAUUGCUGAAGUUGCUAUGGCAUUUUAGUUUUUCAAUGGUACUUUAGCUGUUGAGCGCCGGUUACAACCUAUAUUGUUGACAUGCCUAUGGCUUCUUUAGGAAUAACUUUUAUAUUUAUUUAAGAAAUUUUAAAUUAUGUUUUACGUCAUUUGGCAAUAUUCAGUCAAUUCUGCUCCCUUCUUGUCAUGGAUGAAAUUGGGUCUUGUCUGCCUUUUAAGGAGGCAGCUUUUUAUAAAUUGGCACUUUAAAACAGGCCAUAUAUAUUUAUUAGUGUAUAGAUAGAUAGAUAUAACAUAGAUAUGCACACAGACAGAGUAUAAAAGCAAAUGCAUUUUGCAAUGAAGGAACUCCUAAUUGAAAUGAAACGCGUCGCGUACAAUUAUGAAACGCUUCUGGAGCCCAACUCCUCUGCCAGGGUGAGGCGUGGGGCUGGGGGACAACUGGGCGCGGGGGUGGGUUUUCUUUCUUUUCCAAGCCAAACUCAGUGAUGCUGAUGGAGCUGCAGUCAUUUCCUUACACGGGCUAAAAAAUAAGUUAUCACUUCCAACAGAAACCCUUUGACCGAGCACAGUGCAGGGCCCAGGGGUGGGGAUGCCCCCGCACCGCACAUGGUAGCGGCUGGACCUCGCUUGGCCGCGGGCCUGUAGGGAAGCAGCCCUGCUGGGCUCUACACCGCUUGUAACUGGAGAAACUGGGAAAACAUUGGCCAUGCGGCGCGGGGUCUGUUUGCACAAAGCUGUAGGCAUGCAGUAGCACCGACGAUUUCACGCGGUAACUUGGUAAGCACUGCGCAUUACCAUGGUUAAAAACCGAUUUACAGUACGCUGGAGCUGCCCUUUUUAUUUUUUUGGAGGGGAGGGUUAUUUAUGCAGUCAAACAACUACCACGUUAGGCUAAAGUUCACAUAAAUGCCAUUUUUGGAGCCACGCGCUGUUGUUGAAGCGUGGCUAGGUGCAGUUGGUGUAGCCGCAGGAGAGACGAGAUGAGCUCUAAGUCCAUUUACCACUCAGAAGACAAUGUCUGUGUAUCCUUGGUGCUGAAGCGCAGGCCCUGCCGCGGGGGCCUGGCGGCGAUCCGGUGGGACACCAACACAGCUGACACGUGGGGCUAGGGAGAGGUUCUGGUCCUGCUGGCAGCCAUGGCAGGCCACAGAGGGAAAAAGGUCUCAGCGGUGCCGCUCACCCCGUGGUCCUCACCGCAGCCACACACGGGGCUUCUCCGAGACCUACACCAGGGAUGGAUUUCAACAUUAAUGUGCAAUGAAGUGACAAGAUGGGAGCAGAAUAAAAGAGCUUUGGAUUUGAAGUGAUUUUUUUUGUUUUUCAUAAAUUAUUUAUUCUUUUUUUUCCUUCUGUAAAUAUAUUUAUUUUAUUGUGAAGCUAACAACAUCUGGAUUGUAACAUGUACAGAAUGUAUGGUAGGAAUGUAUUCUCUUGUAGGAAUGUAAAUCUGUAUGAAAAAGGGUAUGGGAGCCAGAUUCAGAGAAAAUGAAUUGAGUUCCAGUCAGGAUAUGCAUGGUUCACAUGACAUUUUUUCCCCACCACCACCACUCUUUUUCUAAUAUGGGUCUGGUUGUUUGAAAUAUGCAAAAGGAGUACGGGUGGGGGACAGUUUUAUGUUCAAAACGAGUCCCAGUCAGCCUCCUACCCUGUCAGCCUCUCGGUCUGUGAGGGGAGCCAGCAGCAAGCGCAAUCACCUCCAGCGUGCUGGUCCGGAAAAUGUUCGCAGAGGCAGCGUUCAGCACAUCCCCGCUGGGUGACAGAGGCUGCGGGACGUUACCUCUAGCCCCAGAAGAUGCAGCCAAGCAGACCGAGCCUCUUGCCAGAAGGUAAGGACAGUGAAGACACGCGGCUGAGUCCAGCUGCCCACAGUGCUGCGCCCCAGCCAGCCGGUCCUGGCGGACUGGUCCCAGUUCAGGGCCGCAGCAGCACUGGUCCCCAGCCAGCCCCCAUAGGACGGGGCAGCCCGAGAGGCAAGAAAACGUGGUUGAGCAGCAUAACGCUUAAACUAAAAGCAUCAAUCCGGCACCUUCCCUGCAGCCACCUAGAGAAGCAAGACCAGCUGAAGCAAUCACUGUAAGAAUAAAUUUGGACUUUGCGAGAGGUAACGUGUGGGGUUUUUUUUUUUUCCCCCUCACUGCUGUGUGGUAAUAGCCUGGAUUGUUUCAAACCAAUGUUAUGAAUCCAAAGUUUACACUUUUAUCACAAUUGAAUUGAGUAAAUUGUAAUGGGUCCUGUCUGACAAACGGUUUAAUCAACUCCGGCGUAUUGUGAACUUUGCGUUGUUGUUACAGGGUUUAUUUGAUUGUUUUGUUUUUCCCCACCCCUCAGGUUUCAAUAUCCUGCUUCUGUGCAAGUUGCUUUCAGUGCUUCUAUUAAUUAAUGAGACUGAACAUUUUUCAAGAAAUUAGUUCUUUUUAAGCACUUUUUCUUUUCCUGAAAAUAAGCCUAAUGCAAGUUCUGGAACCUCUUUAAAAAUACAAAUUGCAGACAAAAAUCCCAACCUCAACUCCGAUCUAGUUCUGAGCGUAAUCCAUACUAGCGCCUGUAAAGGCCAAAAUUCCGGAAAAGGUGUAAAUAGUGUGACAUGUUCAGUGCAUGGUUGUUUGAACAGGGCUUGUUAUUGUCAAAAAAAAAAAAAAAGAAAAAAAGAAAAAAAGAAAAAAGGCUGUAUUUCCCCUUCCCCCUCCCACAGACCUUAGAGCUGUGCCUUUUCUAUGCAAUAUUACAGACAUAUACAUCUGAAACCAGAUUACUGUAUUCACAUGUAGGUAUGGGCUGUAAUCAAAACCAAUUGGACAAAUGUACAUGGAAAUGAGCAGUCUUACUUUUGUAGUUUUAUAUUAUACAAUAAACGAUUAAAAUAAA